AUGGAAGCAUUAGUUUGGGCUAUGCAAAGUAUGCUAACCCACAACAAAAGGCAAAUGAAUUUUCAAACAGAUUGUUCAGAGUUGGUAACCAUGGUGUCAAGACCUCAGGACUGGCCGGCUUUUGCGAUUUUGCUUGAAGAGGUGGAAAAGUGCAAAAGGAGCUUCCAGGCGUUCUCUCUAACUCAUAUCCCAAGGACGAAGAACACGAAGGCAGACAAGCUAGCACGGAGUGCUCGAGAUCAGCCUUAUGACGUGUAUUAUGUAAACACAGUUCCACCGGUCACGCUUCCCGUGCCGAAUUAG